AUGUUCGACGUCAGCGUUAUGACUGCUGUCGGCGUUGCCUUACUGGUCGCCAUACUGAUGCUGAUGUCCUGCGCCUCCACUCUUCUGUGCAAACUGACCGACCUCUUGAAAGCUCCAACCUCACCUGUUUGUUUGGUCUUAAAAAAUCCAUCCAUGGUCGCCCGUGACACGAUCACCGCAUCCACAUAUGCAACCUCCGGGUGCUACCCCAAGGUCCAGAACUGUGAGGAGUGUGACUUGUGUGCUGACUCUGAAAACCUGCCGCCGUGCUUCUGCGAUGUAAACGAGGGUCUGUGACUUGUGGGCACAAAGAUCGUGAACACUGUUUCUUAGUAGAAUGUUUUAUUU